GAAAAGGAGGGCUGCGUAAAGUGACCAGAGUGACCAGCGGAGUUGAUGUUCUUUCAGCUGCUGUUCUGUAUCUUUCUCUGUCUUUUAGAUUAAAGACGUUUAUGAUUUUUACUUAAUUAGAAGGCGUUUGGCGUUAUACAGGGAAAGCGCAUAAUGGAGCCUAUAACAGUGACUGUUAGUGAUUUUUCCGAGCGGUAUCCUUUAAUUCUGCCAAACUCGAGCUUUGUGGAGGAACCAGCGGGACUUCUGUCCAACUGGAGCGGAGGCAGCGAGCCGAAGGCGGUGAAAGACAGCACUGCGGUCGCUAUCGCUGUGUGCAUCACCGCGCUGUACUCUGUCAUCUGCGUGGUGGGACUGUUCGGAAAUAUUCUGGUUAUGUACGGUGUGGUCAGGUACACAAAGAUGAAGACAGCUACCAACAUUUACAUCUUUAACCUGGCUUUGGCUGAUGCAUUAGCCACCAGUACUUUGCCCUUCCAGAGUGCCAAAUACCUCAUGAGCACCUGGCCAUUUGGGGAGCUCUUGUGUAAAUUGGUCAUUGCUAUUGACUACUACAACAUGUUUACCAGUAUUUUCACUCUGACGAUGAUGAGUGUAGACCGUUACAUUGCUGUGUGCCAUCCAGUGAGAGCCCUGGACUUCCGCACACCAAUCAAAGCAAAGAUCAUCAACAUCUGUAUAUGGAUUCUUUCCUCUGCUGUCGGCUUCCCAGUCAUGGUUAUGGCCGUUACUAGAGUGACACCCACAGGCAAAACAGUCUGCACGUUGAAAUUCCCAGACCCAGAUUGGUACUGGGAUACUGUGACCAAGAUCUGUGUUUUCAUUUUCGCCUUUGUGGUUCCCGUCUUGGUCAUCACCAUCUGUUACGGCCUGAUGAUCCUUCGUCUCAAGAGUGUACGCUUGCUGUCCGGCUCCAAAGAGAAGGACAGGAAUCUCCGGCGCAUAACCCGUAUGGUAUUGGUGGUGGUGGCGGCCUUCAUCAUCUGCUGGACCCCCAUCCAUAUCUUCAUCAUCAUCAAAACUGUGGUGGAGAUCGACCAGAAGAAUCUGCUUGUGGUCGCCUGUUGGCAUCUGUGUAUUGCUCUGGGCUACAUGAACAGCAGCCUCAACCCAGUCCUGUAUGCGUUUCUGGAUGAAAACUUCAAGAGGUGCUUCAGAGAAUUCUGCUUGCCCUUUCGUUCCCACAUGGAGCAGAGCAGCUUUUCCAGAGCCCGUAGUGCCACGAGAGAGCCCAUCUCGGUGUGCGCCAAGUCUGAAUCGAUGAAACAGCCCACAUGACUAGACCUGGAACAGAUGCCUUCUGAUACACAACCAAGGACACAGAAAGAUCUGCAGUCUGAGGACACCCAGAUCUCCACCACUGAGUUUUAAGCUCCUUUAAGGUAAAUACAACUUGACAACAAGCCCAGAUACUGAAGGCAAAAUGCCAUGUUGGUUUGUUAGUCGUUUUUUCAAUCUUUCUUAAUUUCACUUUGUGGAAAAGCAAUGGAUCGCUCACUGCAAACUGUUUUCCUAAGGGAGGAAAUGAGAUAAUUUGGACCAAUGUACAAUAAUCAUGCUUUGAAAAAAAAACAUCAAAGAUGUGGCCUUGAAUGGUCAACAGGAAAUCUACAUUCAUGAGUGGUAUAUGACCCAUCAAAAUCGAUUCCCAUACUCAGAUUUUUAAAUGAAAGUCAAUGCAUUUCCUUGGAAAUUGUAGGAACUUGUAACAGAAAUACAAAUGUCCAAACAAAGAACUAAAUACACAAAUUCAACUUCUCAAACAAUAAAAUAAGCUGUAAGAUUUUCAUUUAAAGAGAGAAGCAAUCUUGCUUCACCGAACAAUGAAAAUGUACAGAGGUCUUUUUCCACUCCAUAAUAAAAGGAUUUCAUUAAACCUGAGGAUAAAUAUAUAUGGAGAAAGAGAGAGGUGUCGGAUACAGAGAAUGGAGCAAAAUUUAAUCUCAAUGCUUGCAGGAUAGAUUUGGAUGGAUGACAGGGAUCCUUCCCUCAGGAUGACUGUUAAAACAGACUGUUAUAUAAACUCUCGACACAUUAUUCAUUUCAUGGUGCUUGAUAAGGUGUCAUUUUGUAAAUUUGUGCUACUAGUGAAGGUGUUUGAUGACCUUUGACUAUGAAGUAUACAGUGUUCAUACUAGGAGCAUACAGUAUGUGUAGAUGAGCUCUGAGACUAUUACAGAGGGGCUUUUAGAUAUUUUCAUUUUAGUUCUUUUUAAUGAAGUAUUUAGUGCAACCAUUCUUGCAUUUCAUUGCCAUUAGCACAGAAUAGCUGUUUUUUGACCUUCUUCAAAUUCCAAAGUUGAAAUGACAUUUAAUGAGUCAUUUUGUGAUAUUAGCGUUUGAUUCUAAAUGUCAGUUUUGUUGUAAAAGGAGAGUGAGUUUAGUUUCUUGAGCUGUUAUAGACAAACUUUUUCCAGUCAAGGAUGUUUAUGUAUUAGCAGUGAGUAUUGCUUUGCUGUAGAACCUGUAUGUACUUUUGUGCAACUGUUGGAUAUUUCCUCAUGAUUAUAUUUUUAUGGCACCAGAAUUAGACAUCACAAAUGAUCUUAACUGUCAGUGAUUAUGUUGUGAAAGCUAAAAAAAUAAUAAUAAUACAUUUUCUGUAGGUUGCAUGGAUGUUGGGAAAAAAUAACCUUUAUCUAAAAUAAUUUUCACUAUACUCACAUGACGAGCAAGACUUCGACGAUAUCAUCUCAUGAAAAAAUACAUUUAUCAUCUCAUUAUUUAUUGAAUGAUAAAUAAGCCUGUCAACCUUUUAAUGUGUUUUGAAGAUUUAAAUUGUGUUUGGUAAAAAUAUAACAAAAGCCUUAAAAAGAGAAAUGAAAAACUACUAUGCUAAUUUUCUGCAGGUACUUGUAAAGGUUGGAGACUCAAGCACUGUUACAUAAUCUCUUCAGCAGACAACCUAUAGACCCCGUGUUAUGAAAUAUACUGGAUAAGUGCUCUUGAAACAAGAUAAAAAAUAAAAAAGAGGUUGUUGUAUAAUGACUGUUGUAUAAAGAAAAUCGUUUGUAUU